AUGAGGGUACUCAAAGGACUACCUUCUCACUAUGAGAUGCUGAAGGUGGUGCUGAACAACCAGUCAUCAUCGCUCACUAAGGAUCAGCUGCUUACCUCCUUGAGGAGCGAGGAGAUGCGGAUUGGUGUCGCACCAAGAUCGGAUGGUGUAGCCACUUUUGGAGCAGGUUCGAAAGUGGGCAGCAGCGGCAGGGGAAAUUGGGACAAGGGAGGAAAGCAUGGAGGCAGCGGUAGCAGCAGUGACACCAACUCGGGCAGAUGGGGUCAAGGGAAAGGCAAAGCGGGAGUGCUUGAUUUCCCCUGGGGGUCCAAGGGCAUGGCUCCUCGGGGGUUGUGUCAUGGCUGUUGGGAUGAGGGACAUGCAUGGCAGCGAUGUCCUCAUCGACCUAAGGGAGGCAUUCCAGCAUUCCAGCGGGGGUGUCGUGGGUCCAACGGCAAGGCACAGGUGGCGGAUGAGGAGGAGCAGGAUGACAAGGCAGAGGCAGUGGUUGGAGAGGCAGUUGCAGCAGUGGGAGAGGAGCAGCCGCGAGAGGGGUGGUGGAUUGACAGUGGGGCCAGCCACAACUUUACUCCUUAUGCAUCAGACUUCAAAAGUAAGCUUCAGCCACCAGAGGUUCGGGGAGUUAGAUUGGGAGAUGGACGGGUGGUGAAAGCUGUUGGCAUGGGUGAGGUGCCAGUGGUUGGUGCUAGAGGUCAGCUGUUGAGGAUUCAAAAGGUCCACCUUGUGCCUGAGAUGCACACGCGUCUGCUGUCAGUCCCACACCUCACCUCUCGAGAUGUCAUUGUCACAUUCAAGGGCAAGAAAUGCGUUCUUAAACGGGGGGAGAGGGUGCUGGCGAUUGGAGAGAAGGAGAGGGGAAGGGACCAUGGAUUGGUGCGGAUGUCUCUUCCUCUUGCUCGGGGCACACAAGGCAGUGCUCUAGCAGCUGGACGAGUUUGGUCGUUCCCACUCCCCAACAAGGAAUCAACCACAGUCGCAAAAGUCAUUCGCGAGUUGCAUAAGGACGUGAAGUUGGAGUGUGGGCGGAAGCUGAAGGUUGUUCGCUCAGACAAGGGUGGCGAGUUUUUGGGGGAAGCUGUAAAAGCAUGGAAGGCGGAGCUUGGCAUCAAAACCCAAUUGAGUGUCGCAGAUACGCCGCAACAGAAUGGGGUCGUGGAGAGGUGGCACAGGACGAUGGCAGAGGGGAUUCGCACAUUGUUGGUUGACAGUGGUCUCCCUGCUCGCUUGUGGGGUGAAGCAUUGAUGUGGGUCGUGUGGGUUAAGAACAAGGUCACCCACAGUGCUUUGCCUGCCUCCAUCACACCAAUGGAGGCGUGGUCCGGCCAGAAGCCGCAUGUGGGCAUGGCUCGGAUUUGGGUUUGCAUGGGGAGUGUCAUGCUGCAUGGGCAUGAGAAGGGUGGCAAGCUUGAUGCACGCGCUGUCAUGUGUGUCUGUGUUGGGGUGGACAUGGAGAGCAAGGGUUGGCGCAUGCUGGACCCUUCUCUCAUGCGCAUUCGCAUUGCUCGGGAUGUUGAUUUUCUUGAGAAUGUGAUGUGGAAGGAUUGGGACAAGGCAAAGGGAUUUGGGGAGCUUCUGCAGGAUGCAGCUGAGAUUUCCCAGCUCCUCCCUCUUCCACUCUCGCCACCCUCAGCAGCGGUUGACGAUGCUGAGAUGCCACCUUCAUCACUGCCACCAGCACCGCUGAGUGUGUCGGUGCAGCAGAAGCCCUCCCCUCUGCAGCCGCUCAGUGGCCCCUCGGUGCUUGGUAUCCAGUCUGGUCCAGGUGGUGAGGAGGUAGGGGGGGAUGCUGGUGCGGUUGAGGGCAUGAUGUGUUUGGCCAGGGAGGUGGAGGGUGUUGCCCUCGCAGGUGUGAGCACCGGUGAUGUCCCACGCACACUCGCUAAGGAACUGCGUGGCCCUGAGGGUCCUGCGUGGAAGGCAGGCGCUGAGAAGGAGGUGAAUGCAAUGCGCACUAUGGGUGUAUGGGAUCCAGAGCCGCAAGCGCCUUGUGCUUGGAAUGAGGAGAUUGGUACCACCCUGAUUGCAGCAGGGUUUGACCGCAGUGCAUGCGAUGAGGCUCUGUACAUCAGGUUUGUGGAUGAAGAGCCAGUGUAUGUAUUGGUGUAUGUGGAUGACCUCUUGCUUGUGUCUCCACGCUUGGAGCUGAUCGGUCAGGUCAAGGAGGUGCUUGCUCAGAGGUACCAGAUGAAGGAUCUAGGUGAGAUCAGGAAUGGUACUUGGUCGAGUAAGGAAGGUGGUGCAGCUGAUGUCAAGGUGUACCAGAGUCUCAUUGGCAGCUUGAUGUAUGCUGCUGUGACUACCCGUCCUGACAUGUCCUUCACUGUCAACACCCUUGCAUAG